CCGCUGGGCGCUGGGAGGCGGCAGCGAGUGCCCUCCGCCGGAGCCGUUUGAGGAACGCGAGCGGGCGAGCCAGACUUUUACCUUUUCCUCUCUUUUUUCCCCGUCCUCACCCACCAUGCCGCGGGCGCCGCUGCCCGCGGGGGACGAGCGGCGGCUCAGCCCGGCGCCCUUCUCUUGAGGGGAUGCGGGAGGCGCGGCCGGGACACAGCUAGCGCGACCCGCGCCUCUCCGCCGCCCUCCCCCUGCCGCGUCCCCGACCACCAUGAGGGAAGAGCGAGAAGCUGCGGCGGCGGCCGCCUCCCCCGGCGGGGCCGGCAGAGCCCCGCAGCCCUGCCCGCAGCCGGACGGCGGCGGGGCGGCCGCCCCCGCGGCGCUGCCCGGCGGCAGCAGCGCCGAGAGCCUGCGGAACGGAUACGUGAAGAGCUGCGCGACCCCGCUGCGGCAGGACCCCCCGAAGAGCUUCCUCUCCCUGCUGCUCUUUCCUACCGCCUCCUCCUCCCGGGCUCGGCUCGCCCUGGGCGUCCUGGCCGCCGCUGUCCUCUCGCUCCUGGCCUUUCCCGGCCGGGGCAGCGCCCGGGAGCAGCGGGACGGGAGCAGCUGGCGGAGCCCGCGGCCGCUGCACGCCUUGCUGUGCCUGACCCGCUGCCUCAGCCCCCUCUUCAGCAUCGCCUGUGCCUUCUUCUUCCUCACCUGCUACCUGCUCGGCGGCCGGCGCGGGGAGCACGGCGGCGGCACGACCCGCUGGUGGCUGCUGGCGCUGCCCCUGUGCUGCUUCUCGGGGGACUUCGUGGCGCUGCAGUGGCUGCUGCCCGCGGAAGGGCGUGAAGAGGAGCCGCAGAUGUUCCUAGGAAGGCUCCUGACGGUGCUGGUCUCGGUGGCGGCGCUGACCGUGCCGCAGAGCUCCCUGAAGUUGCGCCGGAGCCUCCUCGUCCUGGUGUUGUGCAGCCUGGCGUGGCUGGUGUCGCUGAGCAGCCUCCAGGCGCUGCCCCCGGCGCUCGGGCCGCUGCUGGCCGGCACGGUCGGGGUGGCAGGCUGCCUCCUGGCACUCUGCGGCGGGGAGCACGGCAUCUUCUCGGCACAGAGCCGAGGAGCGCACCACCAGCAUCACCGCCACCCACGGCUCCCCAGCGUGGAGGAAAAAGUGCCUGUGAUCAGACCCAGGAGGAGAUCCAGCUGCGUGUCCCUAGGGGAAACUUCGGUCAGCUACUACGGCAGCUGCAAAAUGUUUAGGAGACCCUCGUUGCCUUGCAUUUCCAGAGAGCAGAUGAUACUUUGGGAUUGGGAUUUGAAGCAAUGGUGCAAGCCCUAUUAUCAGGGUGCUGGCAGUGGGAAUGGAGUUGAUCUCUCGGUUCUGAACGAGGCUCGGAACAUGCUCACGGAGCUCCUGAGCGACCCAUGUCUCCCACCACAUGUGAUCUCUUCCCUUCGAAGCAUUAACAGCCUCAUUGGUGCUUUCUCAGGAGCAUGCAGGCCAAAGGCCAGCCCAUUCACACCAUUUCCUGGCUUCUUCCCCUGCCCUGAAAUAGAGGAUCCUGCUGAGAAAGACCGCAAGCUGCUCAAGGGAUUGGGUAGCAGGAGCAGCCUGCCAACCCCACAGCUGAGGCGACCCUCAGGAGUUUCUGGCUUGUCACCUAUAGAAUCAACAUCAUCUAGAUGGGAGCGCAGUAACGCCGGCAAGAGAUCCCAUCAGGAAUACAACACACCAAGCCAAGGAUCUCACUCAAAUGGGUCUUUUGGUGCAAACUUGCUGACAAUACCAAAGCAAAGAUCAUCUUCUGUGACCUUGACUCAUCACAUGGGUCCCAGACGAGCAGGUGCUUCUCCCGGCCUGAGCCCCGUGGGGUCACCGAGCCAUGGGUCUGUCUCCAGCGGGGCUUUCAGCAACUGGUCACCUGUGGAGUUCCCUGACACCGCUGAUUUCCUCACCAAACCAAGCAUUAAUAUACACAAGGCUCCAGGACACACACCUAGCUCUCCAGAUUUUCAGCAGCCAGUUAAAACACCUCUAGGUUAUAUGUGUAGCAGCUGUGGACGUCAGAUACUCAAGCCUGUUCCAAUACCAGAACCAGAUUUUGCAGAAUACAGAGACAGAAAAUCAGGUGAAAUUGCAAGUGCUAAUGCCUCCAAAGAAUCUUUCCACCAUACGGAGAAGAGGAAAGAUGAAAGGAAGGAAAUGAUUGAUCAAGCACAAAACAAACUGUUUGUGGAACAGAGUUCUACAUUAGAAACAAUGUUAUUAGCCCAUGAUUCACUAAUGGAGAAGAUGAACAAUUGGAACUUCCAAGUUUUUGACCUUGUAAAAGAAAUGGGAGAUCAGUCUGGAAGGAUCCUUAGCCAGGUAACUUACACCUUGUUUCAAGACACUGGCUUGUUUGAGAUCUUCAAAAUCCCCACUCAAGAAUUCAUGAAUUACUUCCGUGCGCUAGAAAACGGCUACCGGGAUAUUCCCUAUCACAAUCGUAUCCAUGCCACGGAUGUGCUCCAUGCAGUGUGGUACCUGACCACACGGCCCAUUCCUGGCUUCCAGCAAAUCCGUAAUGAGCGUAUAAUGGAGGCUGAGAUAGAUGAAGCCAGUGGAAUCGCCCCAGUUCAGGUCAGCUACACUUCUUCAAAAAGCUGUCCUAUUUCUGAUGACAGUUAUGGUUGUCUGGCAUCAAACAUUCCUGCUUUGGAAUUGAUGGCUUUGUAUGUAGCAGCUGCCAUGCACGACUAUGAUCAUCCUGGACGUACAAAUGCUUUUCUAGUGGCCACAAAUGCACCUCAGGCUGUUCUCUACAAUGACAGAUCAGUCUUAGAAAAUCACCAUGCUGCAUCUGCCUGGAAUCUUUUCUUAUCACGACCAGAAUACAACUUUUUAUCGAACCUUGAUCACGUAGAAUUCAAGCGCUUUCGUUUCUUGGUGAUUGAAGCAAUCCUUGCCACAGACCUCAAGAAGCAUUUUGAUUUCCUUGCAGAAUUUAAUGCCAAGGUCAAUGACAUGAACAGCAAUGGCAUAGAAUGGAGCAAUGAGAACGAUCGCCUGCUGGCCUGUCAAAUCUGCAUCAAACUGGCUGAUAUUAAUGGCCCAGCCAAAGUCAGAGACCUGCACCUGAAAUGGACUGAAGGCAUUGUCAAUGAAUUUUAUGAACAGGGUGAUGAGGAGGCAAGUCUUGGACUACCUAUAAGCCCCUUCAUGGAUCGUUCUUCUCCACAGCUUGCGAAACUGCAGGAAUCUUUCAUCACUCACAUAGUUGGCCCCCUUUGUAAUUCCUACAAUGCAGCUGGGUUGCUUCCAGGGCAGUGGGUUGAUGAGGAGGAGGAGGAUGCAGAAAGCACUGAAGAUGAUGAUGGUGCACAGUUAGAGAGUGAUGAUGAAGAAAUGGAAGAUGAUCUUAUUUUAAAAGCUCAAAGGAAAAAAGGUAGACGGAUAUUUUGCCAGCUAAUACACCACCUCAGUGAAAAUCACAAAAUAUGGAAGAAGGUGAUCGAAGAGGAAGAAAAAAACAAAGCAGAAGGAGCCAACCUGCUGACUGAAAUCUCAUCUUUACCUCAAGCAGAUGACAUUCAGGUUAUUGAGGAAGCUGAUGAAGACGAUGAACGACAACUAGGAGAAGACAAGACAUGCUAAGGGAACUCCGGUGGUGUCCAGUUUGUAUUUCUGCUGAAAAAACAGAAAUUUAAAAAAAACAGCCUAAGUUUUUUUCCACUGUGCUGACUUCAGCCCGACGCAGUUCACAUAAAAUCGAAAGGCCUUAAUACUGUGAGAGGAUUCUUUUUACUCUGGUGGAAUCCCACUCCUAUGCACUUUCGCCACACAGAAUAUGGAACUUUAUUCAGAGAUCGAGUAUUGUACGCCCUGAUGCAAAGUUCUUUAUGCCUUAGUUGGUAUAAAAUAUCCUGAUAUAAUGCUGCCUUGCUGAAUAUGGAACUCUUCUUUUCCUUGAGGUACCUGCAGUUUUUAAAAAUAAAACAAAACAAACAUUCAGUGACUUUGAUUACCAAAGUGGCAAGAACUUUUCGCUAACAAGGAACCGCGGGAUGAAUCCUAAUGUUGUCUUGAGUUGCUUAUUUCAUGUUGUUUUUGAACAUGAAUGAGAAAAAAAAGUCUGUGCCUACAUGAAAACGAUGUUACUGCUGCAGUGCAAGCCUGUUGUGGGGUGUCUACUUAGUGCAGUAGUGUGCUUCAUGUAGUCAUCUCAGAGCAACCGUUCAAGGACUGUGACAUAAAUGCUGAAUUCUGAUAUUUGUGGUUUAAAAGGAGGAAAGAAAAUCCAGGUGCAUCUAUUUCUGAUGCUUUUUAUUAUUGUGCAUAAUCUGAUGUUUUAUUUUUGCAGAAAAUAUUCAGGUUUGCAGUGGAUGUUUAUGAUAAUUCAUUGAAUACAAGGCCAUUCUCAUCUGUUGCCUUGCCUGUUUUGUGGUAGAACAUUAAAAACCUGUUCAGCUACUUAAAUUAUUAAGGAAUUUUAUUCUUUUAGUCAUAAGUAAUGUUGUAUUUCCUGCCCUUACUCAGGUUCAUGUUUAAAAACAAGUCAACCACAUCAUAGAUUUUUAUCUUGCACCCAUUUCCCAUAUUAAAUUUUAAGGAAACAAGAUCAUAUCUCAUUUAUUCUUUGUAUGUAAAGCUUUAGGAGAAUUAAAGAUUUUUUUUUUUAAAAAUACAUAAACUACUGUUUCAAAAAGGCUAUUUUAAUUUGCCCCACACUUUUUUCUUCCAUCACAAACACAGCUUUUAUUACCUUCAAGUUUGAUCUACAUCCUGAAAUACACAUAUGGAAAUCAGAAGGUGGAAACUUUGUGUAAAGCCUGAUACAAGAUAAAAAUCACUGUACUGUACUGCAUUUUAGAUUGUUGAGUUUUAAAAUAACAAACUUACACAUUCCACCCCAAUGUAUUUUUAGAAACACUACCAUUGUAGGUCUAAUUUGUAAACAAACAAACAAAAACCAAAAAAGUCAUAAAUAAGGCUACAGGUAAGCAAGCCACAGGUAAGCCUAGUUUUAAAAGUGCUCCUUUUAGUACUAAACCUUUAAAUGCUGUGUAGUAGAACUGAAUAAAACCCAAAUGCACGUGUGCUAUUUCUAAAUGUGUCUCAGCAUAUUUGUGUUUGCAUCAAUUGUCUUGGAAAAAAAAAAAAAA